UAUACUCGGUCAUAAAAGAUGACACGAAAGAGGUGAAGGAAAUGGAAGAAGCCAAGUUUGAGGAGACUCCGCUCCACAAAGCGGCCGCGGCCGGGAACACGGAGGUGGCGUUGGAAAUCCUGAACCUGAUGCCGUCCCUGGGCAGGAAGCUGGACGGAGGGGGCUGGAGCCCCCUCCACCUGGCCAUAGAGAGGGGUCACCGCGACACGGCGAGAUUGAUGGCGAGAUUCGACAAGAUGUUGGUGCGGGUGAAGGGCAAGGGCGGGAUGACUCCGCUGAUGCAGUGCGCGGCCCGAGCAGGCAAUGAGGAGCACGAGGAGCGCAAGCUCCUUGCGCGGCUCUUGAUCAUUUGCCCGGAGUCGGUCACCGACGUCAAUAACUUAAACCAGACUGUGGUUCACGUAGCGCUGGUGAAUCGGAGGUGCAAAACCGUUAGCAUGCUGGUGGACUGGCUGAGGAGGAGGAACCAGAUCACCGCGGUUCUGUCCGUCAAGGAUGUCAACGGCAACACGGCCCUGCAUGCUGCAGCUCAAUUUGGAUGUCCAGGGGGGGCGGAAAAAAUAGUGAAACUUGUGAAAUUAAACAGACUGAAUUCCGACAAGAAGACUGCUCUAGACCUUGCCAAAAUGUACCAUCAAACUGCAGUGAGAGAAAUCUUAGAAGACAAAGGGGCUAAAGAAAGCAAGGACAUUGAGGAACUAACAACAACCGACUACGUCCUCACCGAAGCAACCUUGCCCGAGAAAAUAUCCCGAGACUACUAUUACCUCACGGCGCAGCUCACCCUGGAGAUGCGCAACACCAUCUUGGUGGUGGCCACACUCAUCGUGGCGGCCACCUACCAGGGGGUGCUCCAGCCGCCAGGCGGAGUCUAUCCCGCUCCCGACCCAGGAACAGAAACCCUAGCCCGCCCCAGUAUGGGAUUGGGGCGGAGGAGGCUGCUGCAGUUAGGGGACGACACGUGGAAGAAGCACGUGGCAGGGCAGAUGGUGAUGGAGAAGGCAAAAUACAGGUACUUCAUGCCGUCCAACACGUUCGCGUUCGCGCUGUCGGUGGUGAUAGUGAUAUUCGUGGUCCCGGGUAAUCCAGUGUUCUUGAUCCUCCACGUCUGCUUGGUGUUCAUGUGCAUUAGCUAUCUUCUGGCUCUGGACGCUAUAUCUUAUUACACGGGCAUCUCCGACAUGAUCUAUUACAUGUCGCUCUACGCCAUUGUCGGGGCGUAUGUCGUGAAGCUCCUGUAUUAUCCAGUGAAAGCGCUCCUUGUCGACGAGGAUUGGUGGCUGCGGGGACUCAGUGUCAAAUUUGCCAAUCGGUUUAGCGGAUCCAAAGGGAAAUUCUCUGAUGCUGUAAUGAAGAUGAAGAAGCAGCACACUGUGCUACGUCUUAAUUGAAGGACAUAUUUUCUUUCAUUAUUCUUUUUAUUUUUUUCUUUUGUUUUGUGUUUUUAGAUGGAUGUUAAUUGUUAAGUGUGUGGAUUGCCGCAAUAAGAUGUGUGAUUAAUGUGUUCAGAUAUGCUGUUUUGGUUGA